AGUCUCUUCUCCCCUCCCCCCUUAUGUACUUGCUGUGUGCUGUGCUUGUUUGGAUGAGUCCACGACAUGCCUAAUAAGAGACGAGAUGGGCCAGGGCGAUGAAAGCGAUCGCAUUGUGAUCAAUGUGGGAGGGACUAGGCACCAGACUUACCGCAGCACCUUACGCACCUUGCCCGGCACUCGGCUGGCCUGGAUUGCUGAGCCGGAUGCCCACAGUCACUUCGACUAUGACCCCCGCACAGAUGAAUUCUUCUUUGACCGGCACCCAGGUGUCUUUGCCCAUAUCUUGAACUACUACCGCACAGGUAAGCUGCACUGCCCAGCAGAUGUGUGUGGACCGCUGUAUGAGGAGGAGCUGGCCUUCUGGGGCAUUGAUGAGACCGAUGUGGAGCCCUGUUGUUGGAUGACCUACAGGCAGCACCGGGAUGCUGAAGAGGCCCUUGACAGUUUUGGUGGGGCACCUCUAGAUAGCAGUGCUGAUGAUGGAGAUGCAGAUGGCACUGGAGACUCAGGUGAUGGUGAAGAGGAGCUGGAGAUGACUAAACGCCUGGCACUCAGUGACUCCCCAGAUGGAAGACCUGGGGGCUUUUGGAAGAGGUGGCAGCCCCGUAUCUGGGCGCUAUUCGAGGAUCCCUAUUCCUCCAGAUAUGCAAGGUAUAUCGCAUUUGCCUCCCUCUUCUUCAUUCUGGUUUCCAUCACUACCUUUUGCCUCGAGACCCAUGAGAGAUUUAAUCCCAUCGUUAACAAGACAGAGACGGAAAUUGUUGGAAAUCAUACCCAGGUGCGUUACUAUCUGGAGGCAGAGACGGAGGCCUUCCUGACCUACAUCGAAGGAGUCUGCGUGGUUUGGUUUACUUUUGAAUUCCUGAUGAGGGUGAUUUUCUGCCCAAACAAGAUGGAGUUUAUCAAAAACACCUUGAACAUCAUUGACUUUGUGGCUAUUCUGCCUUUCUAUCUGGAGGUUGGACUGAGUGGCCUGUCUUCCAAAGCUGCUAAGGAUGUCUUGGGCUUCCUGCGGGUGGUCCGGUUUGUGCGAAUCCUGCGAAUUUUCAAGCUGACCCGCCACUUUGUAGGGCUGCGGGUCUUGGGUCAUACCCUCCGUGCCAGCACAAAUGAAUUCUUGCUGCUCAUCAUCUUCUUGGCAUUGGGCGUCUUAAUCUUUGCCACAAUGAUCUACUACGCUGAGAGAAUAGGUGCUAAACCCAACGAUCCUAGUGCCAGUGAACACACACACUUUAAAAAUAUCCCCAUUGGCUUCUGGUGGGCUGUUGUCACCAUGACUACCCUGGGCUACGGAGACAUGUAUCCUCAGACUUGGUCAGGCAUGCUGGUGGGGGCCCUCUGUGCCCUGGCAGGUGUGCUGACCAUUGCCAUGCCUGUACCCGUCAUUGUGAACAAUUUCGGAAUGUAUUACUCCUUAGCUAUGGCUAAGCAGAAGCUACCAAAGAAAAAAAAGAAGCAUAUCCCUCGGCCGCCCCAGCUGGGAUCCCCCAAUUAUUGUAAAUCUGUCAUAAACUCUCCACAUCACAGUACUCAGAGCGACACAUGCCCACUCGCCCAAGAAGAAAUGUUAGAAAUUAACAGAGCAGAUUCGAAACUGAAUGGGGAGGUGGCCAAGGCGGCGCUGGCAAAUGAAGACUGUCCCCACAUAGACCAGGCUAUGUCACCCGAGGAGGGCCUGCCAUUUACCCGUUCUGGCACUCGGGAGAGAUAUGGACCUUGCUUCCUCUUAUCAACCGGGGAAUAUCCCUGCCCGCCUGAUGGAGGAAUAAGAAAGGAUCUUUGCAAAGAAAGGCCUGUCAUUGCUAAAUAUAUGCCAACAGAGGCAGUCAAAGUGACUUGACAUGGAGAGAACCAGAUGGACAAUGAUGGCUUAUAAACGUCUGGGUGAAACUGUGCGGGCAUAGAAGACCUCCUCAUUUGGACAAAUGUAAUCUCACUCCAUGCAAGUUUGCAGGAUGAUUCUAUGUGGUUUCAGAGAUAUAAAGUAGAUUUGCAGGCUUUUUCUAUGGCCAAAAUGUAACAAAUGGUAGACAUUUUUGUUGUUGUUGUUCCAUAGCAUGAAUUGCAUGAAAAACAAAACAAAAACAACCCUGCAACUGUAUGAGUAAUUUUAAAGGGGUGGGGCGGGGAAAGACAAAGUGAUAUAUUUUCUUUCAAAGCUCUUUACUUUUACAUACGUCGUUGUAGCCAAACUGUAAAAUGUUUUAAAACCCGACAUUCCUUUGCUAUGGAUUGCUUCUUUUUGUAUACAAGAUAAAAAGAGUGAAUGGUUUUAAAAGUGCAAUUGGGCGGUCAUAUUGACCAUGCCUUCAUAAAUUCAUCACGCUGACGUGAAAAAUCAAGAACUUUUCAUUCAAGUAGAAUUGUGUAAAAUGUACAAACAACCUUUUUUCCUGUCUGUUUUUGUUGGCAUGCUUGUGAAACAUGGGACCAAACUCUUGGGCCUGAUGGUCUAGAUUAAUUUUCCAGCUCUGGUUAUGUUGUACUUUAUUGGUGUAUAGACCCAAUGUGAAGACCCCU